GUCCCCCAUCAGUUACUCCUCGAGGCAGUGCGGGGGGGAGGGGGGGGGCGCAUUCAGACGCACGCAUUGGGGUCGCUGUUAAUAGCACAGACGGGACCCAGAAUAGCAGGGCGUCGCAGGAGGAAAGAGCCUCCGUAUCGGAAACAAAACAGCUGAAGCUGCACCUCAAUGCGUUGUUCAUUUCUUUGUCGCGACACACAAACGGGCCCUUAAUGCUCAGAAGAAAGCGCGUUGUGCUGAUGCAACAAGGGGCCACAGGUACCCGAAGCCUCCACACGCCGUGGCUCCUUUUGCAGGGUUCACCGGCUCUGUGGUGAUCUGACCCGCGGGACUCCUCCUUCAUCAUCCUCGACACCUCCUUCCUCCUCUUCCUCCGCUGCUCUCUGCACAGCCGCAGUCCACGGCGAUGCGCCGUUAACGGAGGAGCCGCUCCGCGCUCUUUUCUCACUCUUCCAUCACCCACCGGAGGAACCGGCAUCCCGGCACCCCUCACUUCCCGGCACCCCUCACCCCUCUCCGGGCUGCGCCGCAGCAUCCUCAUCGGUGACAUGGCGAUACAAGGCUGCCACUUGUCCAUCUAGACGGUCUCACUCCACAGACUCAAGACGGGGGCUACGAUGAGUGAAGGGCCACCGGUCACCUCCAGCUGGCUGACCGCCGACCCCACCGCUUGGGCCAGCGGGGGACCGAUGGACAACAGCACCGGCCCGGGGACUUCCCCGCCGGACUCCUUCCACCCCGGCCGGAUGCCCCUGUUGAUCAACCCCUGGGACAUCGUGCUGUGCACAUCUGGGACUCUGAUAGCCUGCGAGAACGCCCUGGUGGUGCUGGUGAUCUGGCAGAACCCGGCGCUCCGGGCUCCCAUGUUCCUGCUGAUCGGCAGCCUGGCGCUGGCCGACCUGCUGGCCGGCCUGGGCUUGGUGCUCCACUUCACCUGUGCCUACUUGCUCCACUCCGAAUCGGCCCAGUUGCUGACCGUGGGCCUGGUGGUGGCCUCUUUCUCCGCCUCCGUCUUCAGCCUGCUGGCCAUCACCAUCGACCGCUACCUGUCGCUGUACUACGCCCUCACCUACAACUCUGAGCGGACGGCGGUCUUCACCUACACCAUGCUGGUGCUUCUGUGGGGCCUCUCGCUGUGUCUGGGCCUGCUGCCGGUCACGGGAGUCAACUGCCUGGCGGAGGAGGCCGCGUGCAGCGUGGUGCGCCCGCUGACCAAGAACAACAUCGCCGUGCUGUCCGUUUCCUUCCUGCUGCUCUUCGGCCUCAUGCUGCAGCUCUACGUCCAGAUCUGCAAGAUCGUGAUGCGCCACGCUCACCAGAUCGCCCUGCAGCACCACUUCCUGGCCGCCACGCCCCACUACGUCACCACGCGGAAGGGCGUGUCCACGUUGGCGAUCAUCCUGGGCACUUUCGCCGCCUGCUGGAUGCCCUUCACCGUCUACUCCCUCAUCGCUGACUACACCUACCCGCCCCUUUACACCUACGCCACCCUGGUACCCGCCACCUACAACUCCAUCAUCAACCCGGUCAUCUACGCCUUCAGGAACCAGGAGAUCCAGAAGGCGCUGUGGCUGGUGUGCUGCGGAUGCAUUCCCGCCAGCGUGGCCCAGCGCGCACGGACCCCUAGUGACGUCUGACCGGACGGACCCAGGUGGGAAGAGAGAGGCGGCGUGGGUCAGCUCUGCUCCUCGCCGGGUCUGAGUAGUGCCAAAAGGUUCGGGGGACGGGAGUGAGGCGUAGAGGGGGUGUGGUUUUUCAGGUGAAGAUGUCACAGCCAGGAGGGGAGGGGGAGGGGGCAGCCCACCUGGAUGGCUGGCAGUCGCCCCCCCCCCCCCCCGCUUUCCUCCACCCCCACCACCAUCCUUUGUUUCGCGUACACAAUGAGCCAAGGUGUCUCACUGUCUUCCCAAGGCCAAUGGGCGGGCAGCAUCACCCCCACCCCCACCCCCAAUUCAGACGGUGCCACGCCCUUCCCCUGCCACGGGCAGCAGCUGUCUAUACCCCUUCUGCCCUUCUGUGCAUUUAGUUUACGGCACUGGAACUUUGGGAGGGAUGGGCCAUUUGUGCGCGCCUGCGUAAAAGCGCGCAGGUCCUCUACGGAGUGUGUGCGGGGCGCGGAGGGGAGCAAUGAACGGUACGAUUCACGUACAUUCGUGUCUGGAGCAGCACCCCGGCGCGCUGCUGCUGCUGCUGCUGCUGCUGCGCUCGGAACGUGCGUCGAAAGCUAAACGGCCGCGGAGAGCUAAAAAUAGAUGCGAUCUCUGUGAUCCGCGUCCUCUGUGGACGCCGGGGAAGAAAUCAAGCCGCUUCGUCUUCCCUUCAGCUCUCCAAAAUGCGUCUUGUUUUCUCUCUGGAUUUGUGCGUGAUUUGUGUUUUAGGUCACCUCGCAAGUUUGGAGGCGCCUGCUUUUGUUAUUAACGUGUCGAACCGAGUAGAAGCUCAUCACAGUGAUGCAGAUUGCUUUUUGAAUGUCUUGAAUUUGUUAUGUGUAAUCAUAAUUUAAUAAAGCCCCAAUCAUUUGAACAAUACUUUGAAUUAUACGGUAGGCGUACUUAACAAUAAAAAUCACAUAAUGGUAAAUGUAGGAUAUUAAGUUAUAAAAUAUGAUGAGAAUACUACAGACCUUGGAGGCAAAAGUCCAACCAACCAGAACACAUUGGUUUAUUGUAGAUGGAAAUCUGCUAAAUUUUAAUGCAUCUCCCUUUAUUCAAACCACAUAUCUGAAAUGCAGCCUUGACUUUAGUGUAAUUAGCAUGCAACAAGCCCAGAUACCCCACAGUUUAGUGUGCAAGGUCACAUUUUUGAAUACAAACCAUGUGACAUGGUACUCUGAUGUCCUCGUGAUCUUGAUUUUUUUUUUCUCUACACAGUGUACCUCAACUGUAUCCCAUUGAAUGAGCUAAUCGUAAUGCCGCGGUCACACGAGGUGCAACCUUGUUGAAAAUAUGUGGAUUUAAAACAAGGCUUUUGUUGUAUAGUGCGGAUAAGUCCAGAGGCUCUUCUGCUCCAUCAAGUGCGGUCCGAUGGAAGACCAAAUCACAACACCAGCUGCUCUGAGUGGAUCCACCUUCGGCUUUAGGUCUCAUAAUUAGUUUAAUGAGCCAUUCCUUCAUGUCUUCUCAGCAGUAACUAGCCGGGUAAUGGUAGUUAUUUAGCAAUACUCAGACAGCAAUAACAUCCACCUCCCACUGUUACUUCUUCCUGCGGCGUGAAGGGCCAUAGUCUCCGCUCAGGUGAGGGUGGGAGAGGGGGGGCGGGGGGUGUUGUAGUGAAUGUGCUCAGUGAGCUUAAAAAAAUAGUGUGUUAAGGUAAUCCCUCCUGGGCUGGUCACACGGCUCCGUCCCAGUGACAUCACUGCCUCUUUCCGCUGAAAUUAUUUUUAUUUUCCCUGAACUUAAAACCGGGCUUCAACCCCAAAUGGUGAACUGUAUUAUUUGUGUUUGUUGCCUCGGCCUUUUGUGACAUAUGAUCUUUCUUUUCCUAACUGUCGUAAAAACCUCAAGUCUCAUGUGUGUGUGUGUCCGGACCUCAAUCUGUGUCCUUCGCUGCCAGUCUUCCUGUACAUUCUGAGAGAAGUGGCCUUGUUACGCGUUCGUAGAGCUUGUUUCAAGAGAGGGAGGACUCACGCUCCGGCACUUUAAGCCAAAGUGAAAGGUCCUGCUGUGUGUGUGUGUGUGUGUGUGUGUUCUGUCUCCCUGACAUUCGGUACUACUUCAAAUCGAUCUAUGGUCUGAUCGAGGAAGGCGUCCGCCGAGUUGACCUCUGAAUGAUUCAAUGAGCUAAAUAUAGUCACUUCCAAAUACAACAAGUAGUGCUUCUCCUUGUUCUCGCUUUCUCCCCUCCAGGCGAGCCCCGAGGCAUUUGACGAGCUGCCAGUCUCCUUCUUUCUGGCCUCAGAUCAGAUGCAAAGCGGUAAAAGGAGAGGAAAAGCACCUCUGAGCGUUGGAAGUCAAACUUGUGCACAGUGUCGGACUGAAUCCUGUUUCUUUACCUUUUGAGAAAAGUCUAUUUUGUUAUAUGCAUUGACCGGUUCCAUUUUUUCCCCUCCACUUAAGUGUGGCCUGAAUUCUUUCAACUUAUAAUGUUGGGCCUUUGAGUGAUCAAAUUGACUGACGCCUGUCCCUGUUGACUCAUUGGUUUCUUUACAUAUGGCAUGCUGAAGAGGAGGGGCUUCAGACCCCCUUGCAUGGUGCCACCAAUACAGUCAAACUAUGGGAUGAGUUGGGUCGCACCAUUUCCUCCCGUCGGGCAUCAAUAUGCACCGGUUUAUUGGCGCCGGUGGAGCGCUUGGCUGCACAGGGAUGAGGGGAAUGUUCUUCUCUUGUGCAGUGUUGUGGAGAUUUUCAUGAUCGAGCAUGUGUGAACAAGGGCUUUGUAUCCAAGGAAAGCAAAAGACUGUGAAGUUGGAUGUAAUAUUUCUCUGCGUACACGCACCUGUUCCGUCUAUUGAAUCGUCUGAGUGUGAUAGAACGCUUGAGAAAAUGAAUGGCUGGAGGUUUCUCGCUGAUGGUUGCUAAUCUAGAGCUAUAUUUCACUCAAGGGCCUGGUAAUGUGUGUGAGUCUGUGUGUGUGUCUUGGGGGUUGGAGGCGGGAGGACGCCACAGUAACAGCAUCAUGUGUAGACGUAUGCAUAGUUUUCAAUGUGAAAUGCACUUUAUUUUUUGGAUGAAAAUGGCACAACAAAUUAAUUAUCUGCAAAAUGAGACAUAUAAACGAUAAUCAAUAUGCACUGACUUAACUGAGAUAUUGUAAGAAACAUUUCUGUGAACGUGGUGUCUAUUUUUCCAAGGUGUUAGUUGUACUUUUUAUUGCUUUGGUUAGUUCACUUGAUUGAGAGAUCUUGUUAAUUUUGUAUUAAAAACCAAACAUGUGCUGUGCAUAAAA